UGCAACCAGCAACAACAACAACAACAACAACAACCUUCUGAGAAAAGUUUGUAAAAACUCUGGAGGAUUCCGGACGGAGCAGCAAUUCGAGUGCAAAGAAGCGGCUGGCUACGAAAAGUUUUGUUUUAAAUACAUUAUCCAAGGAGCUGCUUCAAACACCUGGUCGCCGUGUGUAACACUUUGUUUCUUCUCUCAAUUGCCGACCGUUGAUACAAAUUUCAACCAGAAAGGAUAUCGGAAAAAGAAAAGUGGACGUGGUUUUUGUGCCCCCCCCCCCCCCUCUAUUUUAGUUGCGGGACUUUAUUUGUAUUCACAAAAUGAUGAGAGGAGGAUACGCGGCUCUGGCUGUUUACGUUGCGAUUUUGUGUUCAAUUAACGCUUACGUUUUGGGGUUGGCUAAGGAUUCAGUCCCCAGGAAAACCAUCUCUCACGAUGAACUUCAGCGCAUGACAUCAGUGAAAAGCUUCUCCAAGCAUAGUCAUAUCACCUCCUUUAACACCUUUCUGGUAGAUCAGCAAAGUAAUCGUCUCUACGUGGGAGCAACUAACGCCAUCUUUAUACUGACCUUGACUUCUGUGGCAGAGGAUCCAUUUAUGAUAGAGUGGAAUGUAACAGAAGAUGAACAUCAAGCCUGUAUCGUUAAAGGCAAGACAAAGAAUAAAUGCCAUAACUACAUUCGAAUUUUGAAAGCCUGGAAUAAUACACAUCUCUUUGCCUGCGGGACGUACGCUUUUGAUCCUCACUGUGCAUAUAUCAGCAUCUUCAAUUCUGUCAACGCAACAGAGGGUAGAGUGCAAGGAAUGGAAAAGGGGAGAGGGAGAUGUCCAUUUGAACCAAUGCAACCAUUUGCUGCAACUCUGGCAGAUGAAGUGCUGUACGCAGCGACGAUGACUGAUUUUCAGGGCAAGUAUCCAGCUGUGGUUAAGAGCGUGGGAUCGCAAGAAAAGAUCCGCACAGAGGAUUCUGUCAAAUGGUUGAGUGAUCCAGAAUUUGUGGGAUCGACAUUUGUCAAAGCAGAUGAGGGCAGCGGUAACGAUGACAAGCUCUACUUCUUCUUCAGUGAGAGUGCCCGGGAGUUUGAAUACUACAAAGCAGUGCGAGUUCCCAGAGUGGCCCGUGUUUGCAAGGGUGACAUCGGUGGUCAGAAGACACUCCAGAAAAAAUGGACCUCCUUUCUCAAAGCCCGUUUGAUGUGCUCUGACGAGGACAAUGAGAUGUAUUUUGAUAAGAUUCAUGAUGUCUUUACUCUUCAGCCUGACAAGGAUAACACAAGUUCAACUGUCUUCUAUGGAGUCUUUUCCACAAAAUGGGACAACCAAAGCGUUUCUGCAGUGUGUGCUUACAAAAUCGCAGAUGUGCAGAAAGCUUUCGAUGGUCAUUAUAUGGAGUAUAGAAGGGAGACCGACAAAUGGGACGUGUUUCGAGGUGAAAUCCCAGAUCCCCGUCCUGGCACAUGCAUCAGUACCCAGUUGAAGGAGAGAGGCUAUAAAACAUCCUUGGAUCUGCCAGAUAACGUGCUGAUGUUUAUUCGAGAUCAUCUCCUGAUGGCUGAUUGUAUUCAUCCAAUUGGUGGGAAGCCACUCCUUAUUAUGAGGGACACUCUGUAUUCUAAGAUCAUUGUCCAGAAAGUGAAUGCCAGGACUGAGCUAUUCUACUUGGGUACAGAAACUGGACAUUUACACAAAGCAGUCAGAAGUGGCUCCAAAACCCAUGUGGUGGAGGACUAUGUAGUCUUCAAGAAAGAUGAGAAAGUUCUGAACAUUGCAGUACACAAGGAGUCUGUCUACGUUGGCUCAACUAGCAAGGUGGUUCAGCUUCCAGCAGUAAACUGCAGCAAGUAUUCCCACUGUGAGGACUGCCUCCUGGCAAAGGAUCCGUUAUGCAACUGGGAUACACAGAAAUUGGAAUGUGUUCGAAUCAAGAGAACAACUGUUGAGGGGAUGCUGCAAGAUGUGGAAUAUGACCAUCCACAGGCUAACACCUUGUGUAACUCUGAGACAGACUCGGUACUUCUGGCGAAGGUGAUACCUGUGGUGAAUGGGAUCACAGUUUUCCUUCAGUGUGAACCCAGUUCCGCCUGGGCAACCUGUCACUGGAUAACACCUAAUGGAAACUUGAAUAACAAUGACAGAGCCCGAGGGAUUGGUGUGAUAGCUACAUCGGCCAGCCUGGGUGAUUAUAAGUGCGUGUGCAUUGAGGACAAAGUGCGGACUUUUAAAGCUUUCUACAGCCUGGAGUUUGGGUCUUCAGCCAACUCCAGGAAGGAAACGAAUUCUGUCAGUUAUUUCCUGAUGUUUUUCUUUCUGGUCCUUGGCCUUAUUCUCGGUGCCAUCACCUACAAGUUUGGUCACCAGUGGUACAGCAACAAAAAAGUGUCAAAGAACAGCUAUAAGGGGAAUUAUACAGAUGCAGCUGGGGGACCCACGGUUCCCGGUUUGGGCUCCACUGGUGAAACCCAGCCCUUGACCAUUUGCCAGAAGAGCGCAUCAGGUUUAAAUGGAACCAGUGAAAAAGAGGAGAUUUAUGAAAAUAUGGGGAAGGAAGUGAAUGGAGUGAACACGGUCCCUUCGAGAAACCACACUAUUUCUAUCAUAUCGUGCCAGGACGAAACCUCGAUUUAAUCACUGGCCUACAGGUGGACUGACACCCCUUAAAGAAUAUGGCCCAAGAGAGCACCUGCUUUGCAAAAAAAAUACUGUAUUUUUUAUGGUUACGUGUGUGGUGUUGCUUUUAAUUCUGUCCACAUGUAUUUCUUCUAAGUAAGAAAGUAUAGUUUGGGGAUCCAUCUGCGGCCCUUACUCAGCAUCACUAGUUAUCAUGUCAGCUUCAUGCAUGCCUGGCAAAGAGUCCACAACUUGGGGGCGGAGGAGGAGCCAAUAUCGUUUUGUUUGCAGCUACACGAUUUGAAAAUGUGUGAGGGCAUUCUGCGACUUUUUAACCCUCUGAGGACUACCCAAGUUGCCAGUUUUAGUUUAUGCCAAAAAGCUUAAGGAAUUGGCAUUGUUUGAUCCUGUGAAUAAAUGUAUAUAUUGUUUUCUAAAGAGUGCGCCCAUUGUAAAAGAUGGAAGCUAAUUGAAUGCCCAGGCCUAUAGGUUCUGGGAUGGAACCUCAGUCUGGGGUGUCACCAAGGAUCCCAAGGAGAGUAAAUAUCAGCUCGGGAUUCCUGCUCCUUUCAGUGACCAUUGCUACAGAGGACACUUGUAGACGUGGCAAUAGGUCAAGACCAGCUUUGAAUGCCCUGCUAGCGCUCAGUUAAUUCUCAGAUCUAUGGAAAAAGAUUGGGACAGUGUGAUUAAAUAUAUAACUCUUUUAAAGAACCAGCAUAAGCAUGAUAGGUUGAUAGGCCUCUCCCUGUGAUGUGUCAUUCUAUGAUUCCAUUUAGGUUUAUACAUGAAACAGUGACCACUAGCCCAAGGUAUUGUUGCAGAACCCUGCACUCAAGGAUUUGCACCACAAAAAGUAAUCAGCAUCUUCCUGAUAGGAGAAUUAGUAGAAGUGAAAGGCGAAAAUGACCACUAGUACUCAACAUGUUAAGAUCACUGAUCUCGUUGGAUUGCAGAGGACUUAUUACGGGUUAAAAUAUACAAAGCUUUGGCUGUUGAGAUUCAUGUUUACUGCCAGGAUCUCUCAAUCGGAAGUGAACUUGUCUCAUGGAGUAGGGAUGCUGCUGUGUAUAGCACACCAUCCCCGGCAAGCACCUCUGCUGUGUGACCACUGGGAGAGAGGAAGAAUGGCAGUCAAAGACAAGUGACACUGAGCAUCUGCACUCCUUUCAUUUCCUGUGGAAUCCAGGGAUUCAAACUGAGUACAAUCACCAAUGUUCUCGCUCUCCCUCCCAGCCUGUUACAGUGUUGUUGCUGUUAUAGGUGGAAGGUCCUUGUGGACUAAUUAAUCGACUACUGUAAAUGUUAGUCAUAGAUUUUUGAUAUUUAGUGAUUGUUGUGUUAUUGCUGUUCUCAAUUUUAAUUAUCACUCGUUUCUUACACAUCCACUUUGGAUAACUAGUGACAUUCUAGUACAUUUUAGAUGUGAAAACUGGGAGGGUGAAAUGUGGGUCAAUGCGCUGCAUAAUGUCUCAAUUUUGUCUAUUGCCACAGGUUUAACCUGGGAUAGCUGUAACUUCAAGGGGACAUCACUGCUAUCUCUAAGCUUACUUAGUAUGUAGGCUGUGUUUGGGAUGGGAGGACUCGCACUUUAAGCCAGUAAAUACCCUUUAUAUGCGAUUUCUUAAUUCAUUGCUCACAUUGCUCCUACCAGUGAUUGACCUGUAACCACCAAUACUUGGGGUUAUUUUAACUUUGGAUUACAGUCUACAACAUGCAAUAUUGAAGUGGCUUUUCAUUAUACAUCCUAACUAAUAUUCCCUCCCAUUGCUUUUCAUUGACAGGUGGCAUGUAUACUGCCUGACUAAGCCCCUUGUUGCCUGUUCUAUGUUGCAUGCCAAAGUUAAAAUUAGCCCUUUUUCUUUUACGGUUCAAAACACUCAUUCUAAAUGAAACCACUUGGAAGGACAGAGUGUAAAGCUUUACUGCUGGGUGUUCUUUUCACAGCUGAAGUGGGCCUGAUAUGAAAACUGCAUGGCUUCACAAACACCCUGGUAUGUGUGGGCUGGUAUAAAAUGGCUGCAGUGUAGCAAUACUAGGUGUUUUAAAUGCAGCCCUGGUGACAAUAUUGAUGUCCGUCCCUCAUUGCUACCAGUAUUCUGUAAACAGGCUGAGCCUUUCCAGUAUUGUUCUUUGUGAAUUUUGACUUUUCAUUCUUUUGAUAUGGAUUGAAGGAGGAUUAAAUUUGAAGAGGAGGGUGGGAGGAGGAGGGAUGGCGAGUGUUUCUUGAUGGCUGAGAGGGUAGAUGCACCUCCUGGUUGGAUCUGAGGCACAAGGAGGAGGAGGGCACCAGGUUACGUAUGUGUCAAACUGAUGUCAACUGAGAUAGCAGUAUGGCCCUUGAGAGAAAUAGGUUCUGGAUUUCAGGUGUGUGGGUGUGUAUGUGGGAUCAAGACUAUCACUCAUGCACUGUGAUGCAUUCCAUGGAUAAAGAGCCUACCAACACUUGCUGUACAAUCUCUGGAUUGAUGAUUUGGCACAUGAACAAAGUAUUGGAGGUCUGCCAUUUGGCUGGUGCUUUCAGGAGAGGAGAUAUCUGGGGUUGUGGGGAUUAAUGCUUGAAUGGUUCCUAAAUCCUAAGGUUAUUAACUGCCUUUUUAUAUGUAACAAUUUUCUAUUUGUUACACUUUGGUUAUGCAUUUGUUUUAGAUAAUUGUCUACCCGACUCAUUAAUACGUGCUGCACUGCACAAAAAUGUGACAGUGCAGUUUUUCAGUUUAGUGCAGUGAUGGAGCAGCUGCAGUAGCAGAAUGAUCAGGUUAGCAGAAGGUAAAGUUUUAUAACUAGCUUAAUGGAGGAAUUCUCAGCCUUCAUUGUUAUCAAAAUGUUUUUUUUAAAUAAAGUACUAUUUUGUGGUAUUUUUAAAAAUA